GCGCUGCACAUCUGGGGAUCACGCUGAAGAGUAUUAACGAUUUUUAAUAAUGAUUACCAUGUUAAAUGACAUAUUACAAUCGGAUACAGCAGUGCAUUACAUGUGACGUUUGCACGAACGGUUUUUGUAAUGUUAAAACGUCGUAAUAAUGUAAAUGGACUUUCCUUGAGACGAGGAGACAUACCAGCCACACAGCACGUGUUUACCCUGCGCUAACAGUGAACUUCGACCCCAGUGUCUGAUGGUAUGCUGCUGUGGAGACAUACCCUAUCGAACCAACUAUGGGGCUGGUCGAAUCACUAGGGCUGCAGUUCUUUGAGGUCACAUUCUGUGGGUGUGUGGUCCUGUUGGUGUAUGCCUGUCUCCAGAAAGCUGUGCUUGUCAGUUGUCUUGUCGGCCUCAUCAUAUUUUACUCCUUCCGGGUCAUACAGGAACGAGGCACGGAACGGAUAACGCCAGAUGGCCGACACGUUCUCAUCACAGGGUGUGAUACAGGUAUUGGCAAAAUUCUUGCCAAACGACUGGUCGCUCAGGGCUUCAGCGUACUGGCCACGUGUUUAGAUGUUAACGGUAGCGGUGCAUCUGAGCUGAAGGAAAAUGGAGGUGAAACACUGCACGUGCUUCCUCUUGACGUCACUUCCGAUGAUAGUGUCGAAGCCUGCGUUAAAACAGUUCAACAGAAACUCGGUGAUAAAGGUCUUUGGGCCAUCGUCAACAACGCAGGUGUUAUAGGUAUGGGAGAUGUAGAGCUUCUCACCAUGGACAUGUAUAAACGACUCGCCGAUGUGAAUCUCUUCGGAAUGAUUAGAACCACCAAGGCCUUUUUACCAAUGAUCCGAAAAACUAAAGGUCGUGUCAUCAACGUAACAAGUGUGCGAGGCGUUGUUGCCUUUCCGGCCAACUCCACGUACGUCGUCAGCAAGUUCGGGGCUGAGGGCUUCUCUGAUUGUCUUCGUAUGGAGAUGAAGCGGUUUGGCGUCAAGGUCGUUAUCGUAGAACCAGGGAACUUUGGCGGGGCUACAGCACUCUGGGAUGACGCCAAUGUUCAGAGGAUGCGGAACGCUAAUACAGAAAUGAUGUCAGCAGCUAGUCAUGACGUCAUCACAGCGUAUGGCCCCCAGUACCUAGACACGAUGUUCGAAAGGGCUGUGAAAGGAUGUUCCACCUCAUUUCCCAACCUCGAACCAGUGAUGGCGGCCCUCGUUGCUUCUGUCAGGAGCAUUUCUCCUCAAAACCGAUACCUCGUUGAUGGCAGCAACCAAUGGUUCGACGUUGACUGUGUUAUGGCCCGUCUUCGUCCUUUCGUCCCCGUAGGAAUCCUGGACUAUCUCAUGUUGAAGGUGCGAGGUCCACCUCCAGUUGCUGCACAGCCGGAGUUCCAUUGAAACACAGAGAUGGUGCUUAGACUGUGAAACAGCGGCAUGUCCCAGAGUGUACCGAGUUUGACAUGCACAAUGGACGAGAGUAAUAGUAUUCGGAAUAUGCACCAGGACACAUUUAAAUAUCUCCACGUGAUUCUUUGUGUUGGACGGAUGCCCCAAACACCAGUUCUAGGAUAGGGAAAGGGGAAGCAACUCUUUAACCACUGAUAGACAGAUGCAUAUAAUUGUUUGUUAAGUUUUAGAAACAUGUUUGCUGUUUAAUGUAAAACCAUGUGUUUCAUACUUUUCUUUAAGUUUGAUUGAGUGUCAAAAAAGUAGUUUCUGGAUUGUCAGUAUUUUGACGAAAGGAAAGCAAGUGUCAUGUUCCGCAAACGCAUAUUUUAGUCCUUCAGAAAAUGUUCAUCGCACUUUGUGUAUCACUGCGAUAUAAGUAAUUCAUGAAUGAGAAAA